AUGGACAAUCCAAGUGACAGUCCUCCUAGCGCGGCACCUAUCUGUCAGCCGACUAUCAACGCCAACCAAACAACUUCAGGAAGUAGAGCGUCAGAUUGUCCUCUGGACCAUCAGCAUGCAGUCGAACCAUGGCUUGCGAGUGUCUUGCUCCCAUUAGACAAGGGGGCCACAGGCAACUCGAAAAUAAUUGAUGUAUGCCCUAUCAUUGGAAAGACGAGACAGGAGCUGGGAUGGCUCCCAGCUAAAGCAUUUAUAGAGCUGCUCAGGCCAAGCCGGUUAUACUUCAAUACUGGGAGCUACCCUCCUCCUCUUCUUGGAGCUGACGGAAGACUCUCACCAGAGUGUCCAUCCUUUAACAAACUCAAAAACGACAUACAAACUGCAGCCCACUCGUGUGGCUCUCCCGUUUACUCAACAGGGUCAUCAGGAACUAACGGUAUAGACAGAGUCUUUAGGUGUGCCUUUAGGAGCAGGAGAUACAAAGGAGACGUUGCCUUGGAAGAUGUCAUGGAAGAAAACAACCAAGACGGUAUCCUCGAUUCGGACAGCAGCGGGAAGAGGUCACUUGGGAAACGUAACAAGAGGAGAACUUCUACAAAACAAGCCCUAAAGGGGGAGAACACAUGCAAGUUCCGCAUUGUCAUUACAUGGGACCAGUUUGGGUUCUAUCUGAAACAAACUGCUGGAGUCCCAUAUCAUAAUGAGCAUCCUCAGUUUGUUACUCCUCACAUAUCUUUUGAGGAUCUGCUAAAAGAUGACCAGCAGGAAGCAUGCAAUCUCUUGGAUGAAAUCUAUUCAUUCGAUGCAGUGAAAGCAAAAGAGUUGCUUGCAGAAAAACAAGCCCUUGACGCUAGUCUCAGAGACAGGUGCAAAGACUAUCUCCAGAAGUACAAACCUCCGCCAACCAGUGGAGGAAAUGUGGGGGACGAGCGACAAACCUUGCCCUCAUCCACGUCGAAUGACAAUAAUCCAAGAAAGCGACAUCUUCAAGAAAUAAAUCAGACAAAUUGA